AUGGAAGCGGCAGAGGCAGCGGCAGGGCCGAGCCGGCAAACUAUCGAAAUCCCAUCAACAGGUCUCGAGUACUGGGAGUAUCGCCGCGCAUGCUUCCUCGCCGGCCAGCCAUGGCCUGGUCCACGCACGCGUGCCCCGGACGCUCCUAUUCCUGUCCCCGCCAUCCCAGAAGCGUACACGGUCCCACCAGCGCCUGAACCCGUCGCCAGCGUCCCCUACACCCCUUCCCCGAGCAGCAGUAUCGGCCGCCUCGAGGCCCUUUUGGGCGCGUUUGGCGCAGAGGAGAGUGACAUUGCAUGGAAUGGCGGUGUGGGUGGUGUCGCAAGGAAUCUGUCCGGCGGCAAGAGGCUCGCAAAGGGCCUCCGGCUGGGUCUUGUCAUCAAGGUCUUGCGCGCUGGCUGGCUUCGCGACGGCACAUGGCCGCUUGACCCCCUCACUGCGCGCGCAGUUGUUGCACCAGCGUCGCCCGAGGUCGCUCCUUCGCGCGCCGCCCCGCCUCCGCCCGUGUACGCCCUGCCAUCGCCGGGAACCGCUGCUCCAGCGGCGUACACUGGCAUGCCGCUCUUGGACGAGACUGCAAACGCCGCCUCAGCCACAGCUGCGCCGCUCAUGGCCCCGGCCUCCGCCUCGCCGCCUUCCUCGUCCUUGGCUCGCAUCGAGAGCCCCCCACGCCAGCUCUUGCCCAUCCCCGUGAGGGCCGGCGAGGGUGUUGCGUUGCGGCGGGUGUAG